CUCUUGCUUACAGAUUCAGUUUUCUGCAUAGAAUAUUCUGCAUUGAAAGAAUCAAUUAUCAGACGUCAACGCCGAGUUUUUGAUCCUAACGCGAGACAUAAAUGAAAAGGAGCAAAAGCUACUAAUUACGCGAAGUAUAUAUUGCAAGUAUAAUUAUAUUGUUUAUUCGAGCCCUAUACUUUUUAUUUGUAAUUCUGUUUUACUGUAAUUUAUAUCAUGAACUUUACAUCUUCUCUUAUUGGUUAUUUAAAAAAAAACUGAGCUUUAUGCAACCUUCGUUGUAUCUGCUAUCCUUUUAUAAUUAACAAUAUAAUAAGUCAAAUACUUUUUGCAAAAUCUUGUACAUUAAUUUGAUUUCCAAAUUUUUCUCAGUUAUAUUCUCAGUAAUAUCAAAAUAAUUCCGACUUAUUGAAAGCGUUAAAACAGAACCGCCCCGUGUCGGCGAAAUGUAACGACUGGAAACGUGUCAAGAAAAAGGAAGAACCACGAGGAGAGAUCACAACAAAUAUAUAUUUCGUGAGAACCAGCUGUCGCCGGCACCGGUGUGUUUAGCGACAGUCUUAAUCCCUUGGCGACCUCCGAGGAAGCAGUCGAAGGAGAAAAAGGAGGCCGCCGGCAGCCACCUGUGACUCCUGCCGGAAGGGCACGGAAGGGUCUUCUUAAUAGGAGGAGAAGAGAGAGCGGUGAAUGGAGUGAGAUAGAGAGAACGCGAAGGGGUAUCUGACUACUAGGAUAAAUCGCGCAGAAGCGAGGAGUUUUUAACUCGAAUCGCAGAGCGGGCGAAUGGCUGCGAUUUCCCCGAGGAAGCUGGGAGUUCCCGCGGGAGCGCAACGUAAGCGGGGUAAGUGAUUGGGAAAAGUCGAUGACGUGCGACGUCGGUGGAAAAGCGCGAUUUCGAAGCGACGUCGAUCGGCGCGACUGAUCGAUCUCGAGGAACUACCACCACCGACUCGUUCCUGACCGCGGUCAGGAAUCGCCGCAGGGAAUCAAAUUAGUAUCCUUCGGACGAAGAAGGAGCGCCUUGACGGACGCGGGUGGCGGGAGGGAUAAGGCGACCGUAUUGGAUUUCCAGGAGGUGGACGGGACUCCGAUCGACCUUCUCCCAGGUGAUGCCUUCCUGAGGCGGCGACACUCUCACGGUCGUCCUCCAGGUCACCAAAGCGCGACCGAUCGGAAAGCAUGGCCGACCUCGAAAGGAUCAGGCUGGUGGUGCUCGGCGGUGCCGGGGUCGGCAAGAGUUCCAUUAUACGCCGAUUACUCGGCCAGGGCUUCAGCGAACGAUACCGGCCCACCGUCGAAGACCUGUACUCGCGAGAAUGCGUCCUCGGCACUCUGACGCUUAAGGUCGACCUCUUGGAUACCGCGGGUGACCUGCAGUUUCCCGCAAUGAGGCGGUUAAGCAUAGCCACCGCCCACGCAUUCCUACUCGUGUACUCGAUAUCGUCAUUACCGACGUUCGAAUGCGUGAAACGUUGCUUCGAAGAAGUGAGAGAACAACGAACCGACUUUCAGGAAGUACCGAUAGUCAUCGCCGGAAAUAAGCUUGACCUAGCCCCAACGCGAAGGGAAAUACCUCUCGAGGACGUGAGCGAGUGGCUGUUUUGCGAAUUGCCGAAACUACGCGCUAAGGUGAUGGAGUGCUCGGCUAAGGAUGACUAUAACAUUAAGGACGUAUUCAGAUGUUUCGUCACGCUUUCCCGAAUCGUGCCGAAAAAUCCUACUGGCGAGGCCGAGCAGUCGGGGCUUAGGAGAAGAUGUUCAGCAUACGGAUCACGCAGGCCCGGCAGCCCUAACGGCAGAACCGGCAGUGCGGGUCCUGGAAAUUCUCAGCAAGUGGUCGCGGCUCAGGGUUCUAGCGUCGUCGUUACUGAGGAGGUGAAGAGCAAGCCACGUAGUCGCAGCCUGAUCAGGCGCACCUCAAGAAAAACGAAGCAGCAGCUUAGGGAUGCUCGCUCUGAUGACUGCAACAUCUCCUAAAUCCGCUAUUCCCGAUAGGGAAACGAGUUUCGUCACGACCAGGAGUUCGCGAUUAUUGCGAAGCAACGCGACAACGAGCAAUCGAGUUCUUUUGAUCAAGUGCAUUAAGGUAAGACUCGAGCUAGCAUUCGCGAUUUGCAAGAAAACGAGACGAGAGUAAUCUUGCUAAGGCUACAUGAAUAUGGGAUUAGCGUUACUCGCCGUCUUAAUCCACGGAACUCUGAGAAGGUGAGAAACAAGCGCAACAAUGGCUAGUUUCAGAAGCAGUCUAGCUCGAAGCUCGAACAGAUAUAAAUCGUCGACUUCUAAGAUUUAUACCAGAAAGCAUGUGUAUCGAUAACCGAAGUAUUAUUAUUAAAGCUUAACUUUAAAAUUAAUUUUUUCUUGGCAAAUAUUUAAUUUACAAAAUGUUA